AGCAGGAGCCUCUGCACGUCUCUAUGUGAGCAAGCAAACAUGUUCUAGCUUAGCCUGGAAACCAGCUAAAAGAGGCUCAAUUUACCAAGGUGGAGGGAUUGAAGGAAGCUGAAAGGGUCUUUUUAAAACCGGGACAUCCAAGGUGAAAGGGCUGUUUAAACGGGAGGCACCGUCCAAUUCUUGGAAAGAAGGGAGGCAGAGAGAAGUACCUUUGAGUAGGCUGGGAAAUCCCCUGAUACUAAAGGUAAAAGUUUUCUUUACCCUGUGCAAGCACCAGUCGUUUCCAACUCUGGGGUGACGUCGCAUCACGUUUUCACGGCAGAUUUUUUUACGGGGUGGUUUACCAUUGCCUUUUCCACUCCCCCCGGCAGCAAGCUGGGGACUCAUUUGACCAACUUAAGAAGGGUGGAAGGCUCAGUCAACCUUGAGCUGGCUACCUGAACCCAGCUUCCACCGGGAUCGAACUCAGGUGGUGAGCAGAGAGCUCGGACUGCAGCACUGCAGCUUUACCACACUGCGCCACGGGUUCUUCCUGUGAUAAUAGCAGCCUGUAAUGGUUCUCUGGAGACGAUUGUGGCUUCCGGUUUAAGCCUUUAACUAGGGCCAGAAAGUUGGGACUUUUGAAUACAUUUGCAUGGUGUUUCCUUCCAUCAAGUCACUGCUGACUUAACAGCAACCCCUGCAGGGUUUUCAAGGCAAGAGAUGUUCAGAGGUGGUCUCCCAUCCAAGUACAAACCAGAGCCACCUCCUCUUAACUUCUGAGAGCCAAUGAAACUGGGCUCGUCUGGGCAUCUACACGCCUAUGAUUAGAUGUGCCAACUGGCUUUUGUGGGCAAUGUGAAAACAGGGUAAAGCACAAACCACAAGAAACUAUCUGGAGGAGUGCCCAGGGAAUAUAACCGUGUUAAUCUGCGGCACUAAAAGAGGCGCCCAUAAGACCCCGCGAGAUUUGGUCCCGGGUGUGAAGGUGAUGGGAGAAAAAGAAGCAUAAGUUUGAAAACGCCAGCUCAAAUCAGAGAGAGCAAAUAACACACACCCCUUUGGGUCCUGGUGCUUCCACGACUAGGAGUUAAAAUAGGUCAGAAAUGCAAAACCCUUUGUAGUUAAUUCAAAAGAAGGACACGACUUUGAGACGCGGCAAAGAGGCCUUAGCGUGGAGACUUGGGGAGUCGACUGAAACAUGUUCAGCCGGUCUGGGUACCAGGUUGUUCCGCUGGGAGAUUUUGACCGAUUCCAGCAAUCCAAUACCUGGCUAAAUGGACCACAGAGAGGCUUUUUCUCAUCGGGGCACGCAUACGACCCGCUGGACCAAGUGCAGCCUGGGAUAGGUGCCCCCCAAGGGUUCUUCUCCCGGCUCUGCCAUGGGGUGGUCAUCUCCUUGGUGUUUCUACUGACCGUCCUCACCUUCCCGAUUUCUGGCUGGUUUGUUCUGAAGAUGGUCCCAAACUAUGAGCGAGUUAUCGUGUUCCGAUUGGGGCGGAUCCGAGCCCCCAAAGGGCCGGGCUUGGUUUUUGUCCUCCCCUUCAUCGACCAAUGGCAACGCGUGGAUUUGAGGACCCGUGCAUUCAGCAUUCCGCCCUGCAAGCUAAGUUCACAAGAUGGCGCGCUGGUGUCUGUCGGAGCCGAUGUCCAGUUCCGUGUUUGUGAUCCGGUGCUUUCUGUCAUGAUGGUGAAAGACCUCAACAUGACGACACGGAUGACCGCUCAGAACACCAUGACCAAGGUUCUGCUGAAGAAGUACCUGCGGGAGAUCCAAACGGAGAAGCUGAAGAUUAGCGACCAGCUCUUGCUGGAAAUCAAUGACGUCACCAAGUCGUGGGGCCUGGAGGUCGACCGGGUGGAACUGAUCCUGGAGGCCGUGCUGCAGGCGCCGGCGGAGACGGCAGCGGGUGCCUCGCGCAGGAUAAGCUCAUUCGACAACAUCCAGCAAUUGGCCCUUCAUUUGUUCGGCAAGAGCUUUGCUGCGGCCGGGCCCAGCCCCAAGGGACCUCACGAGACAGUGGAACGCAUAGAGGUACAGAGAGAAUCUGGGCCUUCUGCCCCUCCCGAAAGGAUCGUGGUCCAGCCCAUCCAAAAGCGCUUUGAUCCCGAGGAGUUCCUGCUAACCGUGGAGGAAUACUUGUCCGAAUCCUUAGUGAACCAAGUCCAAGCUUGCUACCAGUUCAACAUCCUGCUGCCGAAUGGAGAGCAGAACACCUAUUUCCUCGAUCUCUCCACAGGCCAUGGGAAAACAGGCUGUGGGCUGCCAGACCACACCCCGGACGUGGUCCUGGAGGUGGCAGAGUGCGACUUAGGCCCCUUAAUCUGGGGCGACCUCAACCCCAUUAAUGCCUACGUGUCUGGGAGGCUGCGGGCAUAUGGAGACCUCUCCAAGGCCCUGAAGUUAGAACUGCUCUUCACUGCGAUGAAAUAGCACCCCCUCCCCCGAAUAACUCCGGGCCACGACAACAUCCGGGCCGCUUUCUUCAGGACAAUCUAUGCGGAGAGGCGUCUGUGCUACACACAUGGCUCUUUACCCAUCCACAUGUGUACCCAUUCAGGCAAGCUAGCUUUAUGGGUGAUACGUUGCCUCAAUCCUCUGACCCACCCACCCCCAUCACUGCAUCUGCAAAUUUGGGGCUCCCUCGGCUUUGAACGCUCAGCGAACUGGAGGGCCGCAGAGGCCCGAAGUAACUCGGAGCUGUUCCCCUUGCAGAAAGGCCGUGGCACAGAUCAGCCAAGGAUUGCUGCAUGCGUCUUAAGCGACCAGACGGAAAUAAGGGAAUGAUCAGGGGGCAAGAAGAGUGGGCGGGCAAAGUCACACGCCUGCUCGUGCCGUCGGCGAAGAAAUUCCGCAACAGAAUUCUGCACAAAAUGGCAAGAUCUCGGCAUUUGAAAACCCUUCUUGGUUUGUUUGUUUUUUUUUUAAUCUCAGCAUUUCCUUUUGACAUUUGUCUUUGGUGCAUAUGUUUUGGGUUUUUUAAAUUUAUAUAUAUCCUGUAUCUUAAUUCUUGCUGUUGAACGUUAAGGCAAUAAAUGACAUUUAUUUAU